CCCAAAAAUGCCUCCAAAAAGCUAUUCCUAAAACCUUUCUUCUGUCAAUUUUGUCAACCAAUCCGCGUCAGAAAUUUCAUUUUUACACCAUAUUAUAUAAAAUUUAUUACAAAUUAAAUCACCACCUACUAUAAAUAUAACCCACAAUCCACGUUUUAUUUCUUCUCAUUUAUUAUCUCAUUUAUUCAUUUCUUCUCUCAAAAUUAGUUGAGACUAUACUCCUGUUAAAUCUCGAGGAGGGGUUUUGGGGGCGAUUUUUCAAUUUUUGAUUCAUACCCAUUUUUUUAAUUCUCUGAUUUUUGAAGAAUACCCAUGGCUCAAAAUGAAGGAGUUAGCACAAGCAAUGCAAUAUUUGAGAUUAUUGAUGAUGAUUUCUCGAGAUUUUCGGAUAUUCCAAAACCGAUAAUCACAGAAAGGAAGAGAUCCUUUGAUGAGAAGUCAUUCAGUGAAUUGUCAAUUACAAUGUCUCCUAGACCCUUUUACAGGAAUACAGAGAAUUCAUCUCGGGUUUUCGAGCCUGUUGAUAGCAUAUAUUCAUCAGGUGGAAGGUCUGGUUUCGAUACCCCGAGAUCAGAGGCUGGGUUUGAGACACAUCCUAUUGUUUCUGAAGCAUGGGAAGCGUUGAGGCGAUCCAUAGUUUACUUCAGAAACGAGCCAGUUGGUACUAUUGCUGCUAUUGACAACGGUGAAGAGAAGCUUAACUAUGAUCAGGUUUUUGUAAGAGACUUUGUUCCAAGUGCUUUGGCCUUUUUAAUGAAUGGAGAACCAGAUAUUGUGAAGAACUUUCUUAUCAAGACCCUUCGCCUCCAGUCAUGGGAGAAGAAGGUUGAUCUAUUCAAGCUAGGAGAAGGUGUGAUGCCUGCUAGUUUCAAAGUACAUCAUGAUGCUGUCAGAAACACUGAGACAUUAGUUGCUGAUUUUGGUGAGGCCGCGAUAGGAAGGGUAGCUCCUGUUGACUCUGGUUUCUGGUGGAUUAUUUUGCUACGUGCUUAUACGAAAUCAACUGGAGACUCUUCCUUGGCUGAUAAGCCAGAAUGCCAGCGUGGUAUUCGAUUAAUCCUGGGCAUAUGUCUUUCAGAAGGAUUUGAUACUUUCCCGACCCUCCUUUGUGCAGAUGGGUGCUGUAUGGUUGAUCGUAGAAUGGGUAUUUACGGGUAUCCCAUUGAAAUCCAAGCGCUCUUCUUCAUGGCGUUAAGAUGUGCCUUGCAAUUGCUUAGACCUGAAGGAGAAGGUAAAGAGUUCAUCCAGAGAAUAGUUGAGCGGCUUCAUGCAUUGAGCUAUCAUAUGAGAAACUACUUUUGGCUCGACUUGAAGCAACUGAACAACAUUUAUCGGUUUAAAACUGAGGAGUAUUCGCACACAGCUGUCAACAAGUUCAAUGUGAUGCCUGAUUCUCUAGAGGACUGGGUAUUUGACUUUAUGCCAACAAAAGGAGGUUACUUCAUCGGCAAUGUGAGCCCAGCAAGGAUGGACUUUCGGUGGUUUUGCCUCGGAAACUGUGUUGCUAUCUUGUCUUCAAUGGCAACACCGGAGCAGGCUUCUGCGAUAAUGGACCUUAUUGAAGCUCGAUGGGAUGAAUUGGUGGGUGAAAUGCCUCUUAAGAUCAGUUAUCCAGCUCUGGAAGGUCAUGAGUGGAAGAUAAUUACCGGAUAUGAUCCUAAGAAUACUCGAUGGAGUUACCACAAUGGGGGUUCUUGGCCAGUUCUACUUUGGCUUCUAACAGCUGCAUGUAUUAAGAGUGGAAGGCCACAGAUAGCCAAAAAAGCGAUUGAACUUACUGAAACUCGGUUGCUGAAGGAUGGCUUUCCUGAAUACUAUGACGGGAAGACUGGUCGUUUCAUUGGUAAACAAGCGCGUAAAAACCAAACUUGGUCGAUUGCAGGAUACUUGGUAGCAAAGAUGAUGUUGGAGGAUCCUUCUCAUUUGGGUAUGGUAUCACUCGAGGAAGACAAGCAGAUAUGUCCCCGAAUCAAAAGAUCUACUUCCUGGACUUACUGACCGAUGAUAAUAUCCUUGUGUUUUACAUCUUUAUUUUUGUUGCAAAGCCUUUCUGUAAGAACAAGGAGGGGGCAGAACUUUUUUUUCUUUUUUGUUCUUUUUUCACAUCUUUUUGGAGUAAAUUUUUUUGGUCAUUGUCUGCUUACUUUAACAUUGUACACUCCAUUUUACUGGCUGAAAACUGUGGAACAGAAACUGGAAUUUGCUUAUA